UUAUUUUUUCUUUCUCCUUCUACUCUCUCUCUCUCUCUCUGUGGGGGGGUGAUGGCGGCGGCGGGGGACGGGAUCCUGGAGGAGCUGCUAAGAGGUGGCGGCGGUGGAGGAGGGAUGGGGAACUUCUUUCCGAUCAUCGUCGGAGUGCUGGGACCGCCGGCCGGGACCGAAGGGCCAGAUCGGGUAGUGCUGGUAAACCCGUUGACGCAGGGGAUGGUGGUGCUGGAGGGGGACGCGGGCCAUCUCUCGGAUAUCCUCGCCGACGUGGGGGCUGCUGGAAAGAGGGGGCCGCCGCCGGCAUCGAAGGCGUCGAUCGAGGCGAUGAGGACGGUGGAGGUCGGGGAAGGGGAUCUGUCGGAGCAGGAGUGUGCGGUGUGCCUCGACGGGUUCAAGAGCAGCGGCGGGGUGGUGAAGGAGAUGCCGUGCAGGCAUAUGUUCCACGGGGGGUGUAUCGAGAAGUGGCUGGGGAUGCACGGGUCGUGCCCGGUGUGCAGGUAUCAGAUGCCGGUGGAGGAGGAGGAUGGGGCGAGGAAGGGCGGCGAGAGGGAGGGAGUCGGGGAGGGGACGGUGAUGAGGAGGGAGAUUUGGAUGACGAUAGCGUUUGGCGUGGGGGAUGGAACGGAUCGGCAGCGCGGAGAAGAGGGGAGAGCGGAUGGCGGUGAUGAAGGGGAGCAACAACUUUGAUGCUUUUUGAUAUGUUUUUAUUUUUUUAGAUUUUUGUUUUCUCUCUCCUUUUGUUUUGUGAUUAAUUGCAUGGAUUUGUACAGAAAUGUUACUCGGUUAGUUUCGGAGAAUUUGAUUAUUGAAAGAAUUAUUAUUAUUAUUGUUUUUUAUAUCCUUCUCUUCUGUUUUUUUUUUUAAGUAAGAAAUUACUGUAAAGGGAAAUUGUGUGUUUGAGGCUGAGGCCCAUCCCAACGGUCCUGCCAUCAUUUAAUAUUGGAAAUCCUGAUUCUAAUC